AUGACUCGCACUUACGAGCAGGAUGCCAUCAGACUCCUGGAAACGCGCAGGCGUCGUGGCCGACCAAGGAUGAGCCCUUCUGUACAAACAGAUGCACUGCCAGCAGACUUCACCAGCACUGUGCGAGGUAUCCCGAGUCUGCAUGGAAUGAGCGAGUGGCUACAGAUCCUCGGACACUCCGAAACCGAUGUAUCCCGUUUAAACAUAGUCCACGUCACAGGCACAAAAGGCAAAGGCAGCACAUGCGAAUUUACUCGUUCUAUCCUACAUGCACAUGGCUUGAGGACCGGCUUUCCCAGUAAAAUCGGACUCUACACAUCACCUCAUAUACAAUGCAUCCGAGAAAGAAUCCAAAUCAACAACAAACCCGUCCCCAAGAACCUCUUCACAAAAUAUUUCUUCGAAGUAUGGGAUACGCUCAUGGAUCCCAAAGCCCAAAACACAGAUCCAAAACAACAGCCACCUCGCUACCUGCAAUUCCUCGCCCUGCUCGCUUUCCACACCUUCAUCCGAGAAAACGUUGACGCCGCAAUAUUCGAAGUCCAUCAUGGUAGUGAGUUCGACGCUACGAACGUGAUCCAGAACCCCGUCGUCACCGGCAUCACUUCCAUAGGGCUGGACCACGUUACACAGCUCGGCCCUACGGUCGAAUCCAUUGCCUGGCAUAAGUCAGGAAUCUUCAAAUCCAGUGCACCUGCAUUAUCCGUUCCGCAGGAAGAUAGGCCCACAGAGGUCCUGCACGCUCGUGCUGCGGAGAAGAAUACAUCAUUGACCAUCGUCUCGCUAAAUCCCAGCCUCCCCACUAACAGUAGGGUGCUGAGUAUUCCAGUCCAGCGACUAAAUUGCUCCCUAGCCCUCAAGCUAGCCAAGACAUUCCUGGAAGCCAAGGCACCUGGUCAUGAACUCGAGCCAGAGGACAUAUCCACCGCGGUGAGAGAUAUCUCUCUGCCCGGAAGAUUCGAGAUUAUCGAGGACCCAGACGGACAAACGCAGUGGUUCGUGGACGGCGCACAUAACACGCUUAGUCUUAAGAAAGCCGCGGAGUGGUAUUCAGAUCUCACCAAGGGUUCCGGGUUGCAAAAAUACCGAAUCCUAAUAUUCAGCCACUUCUCCAAAGACCGAGACGGCCUAGCCCUUCUCGAAUGCUUAGCAGAGUCUCUCGCUGAGCGAGAUGCACUGCCGGACCAUGUGAUUUUCACUACUUACAUUGAACGAGAAGAUGAACUUACAAAGAUGGAUAAAGAUGCACUCCCCACCUCCCUUCUAGAUCUUAGCGUGUUACCUUUAUUCGCCGAGAAAUGGAAAGAGCUUUUCCCCCAAAGCAUGAGUUCAAUCUCGACAAAAGAGACCAUCGAAGAAGCGAUCGAGACAGCAAGAAGCAUAAAUGCGCAGCAGGAUAAUGCAUCUCAGGUCUUGAUAACGGGGUGUUUUUACUUGGUUGGCGGGGCGCUAAAUAUAUUGCGUUUGUGA